ACUCUGUGUUUCUACCGAGGCGGAAUUAGUGGGACACCCGAGAAGCUAAGCUGCUGGUUAGCCUGUGCAGUUUGAGCCUAAGCAGAAAGACAGGAAUAUUCUCCUGACAUGAGCUUCGCCUUUUCUCAUUCUCAUUUUGAGUCUGAGUUCACUGUCACGGAGUAUGUCAAAUGCUCGGGAUCUAGAGAAGAACUGGUACUCCAUACUUGGUGCGACUCCCACUGACGAUUUACCAGAGCUGAAACAGAGGUAUCAGAGACUGGUCCUUAUGUUUCACCCAGAUAAACAGAAGCCUGGCCUAUCAGAAGAAGAGGCGGGGCUGAGGCUGCAGAGGUUCAUAGACGUGGAUCAGGCCUGGAAGAUCCUGAGCAACGAGGAGAGCAGGAGAGAGUUUGACCUACAGCUGCGUGCACAUGAACUGAAACAAAGCUGGCCAGUGGAUGCCUGCGUCACACUGGAGGACAUGAACUGGGACAGCGAGAAUGAGUGUUACACGUACAGCUGCCGCUGUGGUGGCGAAUUUCUUCUGGAGAAGGAGGAUGCAGAGGGGGAUGAGGAUGCUGUCGUGUGCUGCGACACGUGCUCGCUCAGCAUCGAAGUGAAGAGAGCUACAUGAUGGAAGCAUAAGCGUUCUUCCUCAACGAGGUGAACUCAUCAACCUGGUGUUUCAGUGUCGUUCUUAACUCAGAGCUCAUUAUUGGGUACACCAAAGUAGUGCCUAAUAAUUGGCACCUCAGUAUAUGCCAAUCAUAGUACUAUUACAUUAUUUAGAUUUUUUUUUUUUAAUUUGUCAAAAUGGCAGAAUAAUGAAAAAUGGUUCAUAUAAACUUGAAAACCUUUAGUGGUGAAUAUUCACGCACUAUUUUUUUUAUGUACAGUGAUGCCCUGUAUUGUAAAACAUAGUUCAUACACUGUGUAUUUAUUAAAAAUGAAAUUUGUAUA